CUUCUUUGUUCUCUUAAUUAGUUAGCGUUAGGUAGCUAAAUGUUGCAUUGACCUGGUGGGCGGACCUUCCUCUCGGCUUUGCUGGUUAGCUGUGUCGUUAAUGGUACCCGUCGUCAGUUAGCUUGGUUGGAAGCUAAUUUAUCCAACAUUAAAAGAUAACACGUUUGUGCGUUUACAACUCGGUUACCAGGAGUUAGCGUUAAGGAACUUGGUCUGUUUGUUGAUUUAUUUGAUGAUAACAAGGAGGGCUAGCGUACGGUCUGAUAGACAAACUCAAGCUAACGUCGCUGAAGGUGUAGCUAACGCAAUGUGUUUCGGGGGACUGAAAAAGUUAAACAAGUUUGUCAAGCCAUGACGUUAUGUUGAUUGUCCUACAGUUGAAGCCUGGGUCUUCGUAACCUAUUCACUUGUAACUAGCGUUACCUUAUUGACUUUAUUUGAAGGUAACGUUGAGUUAUCGAAAGCCAAAGCAACCUUUGCAGCUCCAAAGGUUGCCAGGUUAAACCAAAGACAUGUAGACGAGAAGCCUGACUUUUAAAUGCUUUCAUUGCAAUAAGAGAAUUGUAAUUUAAGGAGGGGUCAAAACAGCUGAAACACACCCACAGGUGUGUCUAUGGCCUGAGGACGACAUUCUGCCGAAUCAUUGUCAACAAGUAUUACAGCUUUCCAGCUGAGCUGGCAGUACAUGCAUGCUUCUCCAGUAAGUUUACACAACUUCCUGGCCAACUUUAGCGAACGGAGUGUCUGCGAUUUGAAUUCCACUCCAACAGAAAAAGCAUGACAGCUGUGGUAGGCAAAGCAUGGGGGUGGCUGCGCUCAUGGGGCGGCACUAACGUGUCAGAGAAUACCACCAUGGUGUCAGCCAAGGGCCAGAUACAUGACUUCAGUAAGCAGGGCCUCGGAGGGUGGACCUCUUGGAUCUGGGGAGGGUUGAGACAAAGUGACCAAAGUAGUCCAGGGGAGGAGUACUGGGAGGCGCAGGAGAAGCUUCAGCCCAUGGAAGUGAAUGUCCAGGAGACAGGGGCAAAUUCUAGGUGGUGGAACAAAUAUCUCCACACUUCCUACCUUCCGUGGCCAAGGAAAGCAGAAGCAAGCGGACUGAGACGCAGGAAUCGUGAUGGCCGUAGUGUAGAUCCUUGGAACUGUGAUGUUGAUGGGGAUUUUUCUGACUACGGGACACCUCCUCCGUCUCCUACACCUCCUUCCUUUCAGCUGACAUCUCCUUUUCGACUUUUUGCGCAAAGUUUGAAGGUGGAAAUCGUGCCGGAGCACUACGAGAUCUCUUUCAACUUCCUCCGCCACUUGUUUGAUCUGUUUGUUGUGGGCUUCCUUUGGACUGUGUCCCCCCCUGCCAAGCUGAUCCUGGAGGUGUUGGGGGUCCAAGGAGCGCUGAGGCUGUGGCUCCAUGGUAUGGCCAUGUUCUUUGUCUCCACAGUUGGGAUGGCAGGAUUACUGUGGCUGAUCCAGGAGUAUCUCCCUCAGUUUGCGUUGAUCUAUGGCAUCAUCCAGGCACUGGUGAUCUCGGUCAGCGUUCGCCAGAGUGUGAUGCUUGACGUAGAGGUAGAAAAAGAAGAGAAGGAUGACGAGGGCAUGGAGACUGAAGAACCCAAAGAAAAGCUUGUGUCUGUUAAGGACAAGGUGAAGACAAGUUAAGUUUAAGACGGUGAGAAGUUGCUGCCCAUCAAGGAGUCCAACAUCAGUCCAGCUGUGUCACACCUCCAGCGGGACAGCACCUCUGUGUUCUGCACAGUCAUUACAAAAACUUCUGUCACUUUAUGUUCAACACUAAUGAUCUAAGUUUAAAGAUGUCUGUCGUCACUUGGCCUUAUAGUUGUCACCCGAAUGUUGACAGUGAUAGCAGUACAUAGUUUAGUAUCACAAAGUACACUACUACUCUUAAUGGUGGUCAGUAAUGUUAGAGAAACACAGCCAGUAUUCAGGGAAUACGAAUGUUGCGUUUCACUGUUAACAUUUGAUUUCUUGUCCUGUUGGACUUUGUUUUUCAUGAUUCACCACGAAGCAGUCACCCGGUUUGGAACCAAGUGACUGCCUUUGGUGCAUUCUGGGUAUGAAGAAAUGAACACAUUGGAACCCAAAUACACUGUCUAAAUGAUCAGAAACUUUAGGCAUCCCCACGAGAAGGUAAGGAAUGCAAAGGGAUACAAACCACUGCAUUAACAAAAACCGGUUAUAUGAAACAUUGUCGGGGGGCGAGAGAAGCGGAGUUUUUGCACAGGAGUCUUCACAUGGGAGUAUUUAGCAAAGGCACAGCCGUUGAGAAGAAAAACCGCAGUGUUUCAGAAAUAUCCCAGAGCCCCUGAACGCCAGGUCACUGACUAUAAAGCAGCAA